GUCCGCCUCACAGGCCAGAUUCAAGACUCAUCUCCCCCCGACGCCCCGCCCGCUCGCGGGUGGGCGGGCGCUCCUUUCCGUUCCCCGAGAUACUUUGCAGACGCUCCCCGGCGCCGCUGGUCCCUGGGCUGGAUUCCGCGUGCGGGUGGGAGACGUGGAGUUUGAAUCCUCAGCGUGUCCCCCUCUGCGCAGUAUGGGUCCCCCUCCUCCCUCGGACCCAGGAGUCCAGGCCCGAGUUCCCUCUUCCCACCUCUCCCGGGAUUGACCUCAUUUGUGGCCGCUGUUUCUGUCCAGUGCCCCUGAGGCGCUCAGCUGCUGGGUCUGCAGAAAGCCUUGCUAUGAAUGACCGAAACAGCCCAAGGCGGACAAUGAAGAACGAAGAAGAAGGCUUGGAGAUCUCCAUCCCUUUUGAUGAGGCGCCCCAUCUAGAUUCUCAGAUCUUGUACACUCUGAGCCCCACCGGGGCAAACUUUGAGGUGCCCCCGGAGGCCUCAUCCCCCUCCCCAGUCCUGAUGACUGCCAUGAAGGCUCAGCUACACCUGGCCGUGGAGCGGAACUCGUGGUUGCAGAAGCGCAUAGAGGACCUGGAGGAGGAGAGGGACUUCUUGCGGUGUCAGCUGGACAAGUUCAUUUCCUCUGCCCGGGUGGAUGCAGAGGACCAUAGCCGGCUGAAGCCAGGACCCAGGCGGGUUGAUGGGGACAACCGGGCUGGGGCUGGAGGUGAGGCCUCAGACCCAGAGUCUGCAGCCUCCUCACUCAGUGGGGCAUCUGAAGAAGGCAAUGCCAGUGCCAGCGAGAGGAAGAGGCAGAAGCAGAAGGGAAGUGCUGGUCGGAGGUGCUUUGGGAAGCCCAAGGUCCGGGAGAGGCAGCGGGUGAAGGAUGCUGAUGGGGUCCUCUGCCGCUACAAGAAGAUUCUGGGCACCUUCCAGAAGCUGAAGAGCAUGUCUCGGGCCUUCGAGCACCACCGUGUGGACCGCAACACCGUGGCCCUGACCACACCCAUUGCGGAGCUGCUCAUUGUAGCCCCUGAGAAGCUGGCAGAGGUGGGGGUGUUUGACCCAUCCAAGGAGCGCCUGCUCGAGUACUCCCGCCGUUGCUUCCUGGCACUGGACGACGAGACGCUCAAGAAGGUGCAGGCCCUCAAGAAGAAUAAGCUGCUCCUGCCCAUCACCUACCGCUUCAAGCGGUGAUGCUGCAGGCUCAGCGCCCCGCCCUGGACCCAUCGCUCACUCUUCCUGGGCCCGGCUCCGGGGGCUGGGCCAGGGCCACGCACUGCUCUUCCCGAGCUUAGGGGGCCAGGCGUGGGCCGCCAGAUUGGGUUGUUCGCACCAUCUUCAUCCCACCCCGUCCGGAGGCCGCCUGGCCGGCCUCCCCUAACACGAGCUGCCCACUCGCAUUCCAUGUGAGACAGAGAAUUAUUCAGAGAAUUUUAAUUAAAGAGACAUAAAAAUUUGGAAUAAA